AUGAUAAAUCGAAGUAUUAGUAAUAUACAUGGUGUUGUGAUUAUUUGGCAGUUAUACUUAUUUGUCAUGAAGAUGAUGCACAAUUUAUUUAAUGUUACGGAUCCCAAAGACUCGAUUGGACUUUGUAAUGGUCAAAGAUUAGACGCAGAUCGAGCUCUUAAUUCACGAAUUGUGAUGGCGUUUCAACUCGAAGUUGGACCUCUUGAUGCGGAGACUAAGAAAUUAGCUGAAGUUGAACUUAGAGAAACCCCAGAAAAUGUCAAAAAUGGCAUUGAAACACUUCGUAAACUUCUUGAAGAAAGCAAAACCUUGUAUUAUAGAACAGAUGAUGAAUUCUUAUUGAUAUUUCUUCGACCUUGCAAAUUUUAUCCAGAAAGUGCGUAUGCUUUGAUGCAAAGAAUUGCCGAUUUUAAGGUCAAAAAUGCAGCUCUCCUCGAUAAUUUAAUGCCGGAUGAUGAGAAAACUGCGAUUUUUGAGAAUAACGUUGUAAAUGUACUAAAAGAUCGGGACCAUAAACGAAGACGUGUCCUUAUAGUGAACGCCGGAAAAUCAUGGGAUCCAUCGAAAGUGACAGCUGACCAAAUGUUUAGAAUAUUUUAUUUAAUACAUGAAGCCGCGAUGUUAGAACCGGAAUCACAGGUACGAGGUGUUGUCGUUAUAAUGGAUUUCGAUGGAUUGUCAAUGAAACAAGUUAUGGGGUUAUCACCAUCAUUUAGUAUGAGACUACUAUCAUUUAUUCAAGAUGCUUUGCCCCUUCGUUUGAAAGAAGUACAUUUCGUAAAGCAACCCUUCCUCUUCAACAUUGUAUGGAAUAUGUUCAAGCCUUUCACCAGAGAAAAACUUAGAAAACGAAUGUUUUUCCAUGGAUCGAAAAUGAACUCUCUACACGCAUAUUUAGCUCCGAGUCAUCUUCCCAUGGAUUAUGGAGGCGAAUUACCAGAAAUUAAUUACACUGCCGCUGAUUGGUAUCCAACUAUUUUAUCAUGCAACGAUUCCAUAAGAGCGUGGAAUACAUAUGAAGCAACUUUGGAAAAAGUUACCAAAUCAGAACCUUUGAAAAUUGGCGAUGUAGUUUUUCAAUUGGAACCACAUCCUCUUGAUAGGAAAAUGAUUGAAAAAGCGCGAACCGAAUUAAAUGAAACAGCUGAAGUCGUUACCAAGGCCCUUGAAGAAAUAAGAGACUUGUUAAAAGGAGAACCUGAACUUUAUGUUCCUGAUGAUGAUUAUUUUUUUGCAAAAUUUUUGCGACCAUGUAAAUGGAGUGCGAAACCUGCAUUUGAACUGAUGAAACGCUUCUACCGCUAUCGAGCAACGCACCCUCGUUAUUGUGAUAAUCUAACGCCGAUUGUUGAUCGUCAAAUAUUUAUAUCAGGAGUGAUAACACCUCUUCCAUUACGUACCAAUGAUGGCUGUCGAUUAGUUUUAAUAGAAGGUGGUUCUAAAUGGAAGCCCAAGGAAGUUUCAUUAGAUCAAAUUUUUCGAGGAGUCAUGCUGCUGCUUGAUGCCGCUAUUGUUGAGCCUGCAACUCAGGUCAAUGGAGUUCAUGUUAUUUUAGACAUGGCCGGAUUAUCUUUAACCCACGUAACUUACUUUACGCCAAGUUUUGCCAGUGCAGUCCUUGAGUGGGUUCAAAAAUGUCUUCCUGUUCGAUUAAAAGGUGUACACAUAGUUAAUCAACCUUUCAUUUUCAACAUGGUUUUUGCUGUUUUCAAGCCUUUCUUAAUGGAAAAGUUACGCAAAAGAAUUCAUUUCCACGGUACGGACAAGGCAUCAUUGACAAAACUAAUUGAUCGAAAAGCUGUGCCUACGAGAUAUGGUGGAGACUUAGAAUUACCGACGGAAUCAAUCGGUCAUGCUCUUUGGGAAUAUUUUUGUAAUUUUAGAGAAGAAUUUGAAGAGGCAGCUAAGCUUGGUUAUCGCAAGAAAAAAACGGUGGAAUGUCAUAAAAGAUUUUAUCAAUUUGGACCAAGAUCUCCUAUUAGAUCUGGUGAAAUUUUGUUUUCACUCUGGGUAUUUCCUGUUUCAAAGGAAUUAUUAUAUACAGAAAGAAGGAUGCGGGAUGGGUAG